CCGUGCUCGAGAAUCUUAUGUUGGUAAUCUGUAAUCGAGACCUCUCCGACAAGUGCUCUUGAAGAUAGCUGAAGUGGCUAGCAGACGACGUGGGCUAUUUCUUUCUUCCGAGAAACUCUUUACAACAUUACUGCAAUGUAUUACCGGUUUAAUAGCUUCACAGGCAGGCUUAUCGGCUCAGCUCACAUUCAACCUUACUUUCCUAUUAGUGUAAAACUGCUGAACAAGAAUGACCCACCAAAGAUUGUUUUUCAAGAUGCCAGUGUGAAGCCUGUAACACAGACAUCUACAAGAUAUUCAUCAACUAAUAAAAGUGAUCUGUACGCAGCCCUCAAAAAGAAACAGGCCCUAUUCCAGAAAAAUGAUGGUGUGCCUAUACACCUCAAAGGAGGACCAGUGGACAAAGUUCUGUAUGGCAUAACUCUUGCAUUGUGUGCUGUUGGAACAGUUCUUUCACUCCAGACGCUCUUUGUAAUGGCUUAUCCUAAGAAAGCCUGAAUUGGCAACUUUGCAGUUUCCUUCUCGCUUGUAGCUUCUUGACAGUACUGUGCGAAUGGCUAUCCUUCCUUGCAGGGAGAUGAAUAUCAUAACAAAACUGGCAUAUAGCAUGGUGCAAUUUGUUUGUGCUUCAUGUCAGUCCCGCUGUCAAGAAAAGUGUGAAGAAUUUGAAAUUAGCAGCAUCCAUGUAGAAAUGUACUUAUUUUUUGAACAGUAUGUGAUCACAUUUUGUACAUUAGUUUCAAGUUAUAAAUGUGGUUAUUUUAAUAACUUAUUUAUAAUUUUUACAUAUAUUUAAUAAAUUAUUUUAUGUUCUGUUUAUUCUUAUGCAAAACUAGCACCACCAGAUCAUCUCAAAACAAAGCUCUGUGACAAACUAA